UGGGGAUUAACAUGGGGCUGUGGAGGCUGGGGCUUAACCCAGGGCUGGGGUUUAACCUGCAGCCAUGGGAGGUUGGGUGUUAACCAGGUCGAUGGAAGACUGGAAUUUAACCCAGGGCUGUGGGAGACUGGGCUUUAACCAGUGUCUGAAGGAGAACAACGAACAUGGUGAAGGGCCUUGAGGGGAAGCCGUAUGAGAAGCAGCUGAGGGAACUUGGUCUAUUCAGCUGGAGAAGAGAAGACUGAGAGGAGACCUCAUUGUGGUCUACAACUUCCUUGUGAGGGGAAGAGGAGGGAUAGGCACUGAUCUCUUUGGUGACCAGUGAUGGGACUCAAGAAAAUGGCCUGAAGUUGUGUUUCAGGGGAGGUUUAGAUUGGAUGAAAUAAAACGCUCUUCCCCCAGAGGGUGGCUGGGUGCUGGAACAGGCUCCCCAGGGAUGUGGUCACAGCACCAAGCCUGACAGAGUUUAACCCACAGCUGUGGGAGACUGGGGUUUAACCCCAGGACACAGGCCUCAGACUCUCCUCUGCCCUUCAAACACCUAUAAUGGAACCCAAACAUGUACAAAAGAGUGAGUGUGGGAGUUAACAGUGCUAAAAAGAUUGUUGUAAGAUUAAAACCUUAAUUAAUUCAGGGAAACUUUUGGUAAUCUAACAUUCAGGCUCUUUCCAGGUGGUUCUUGCUUUGCUGUGAUGGUGGGGCUUAGGGCCCGUGUUUGAAGAAUCUGCACCAUCUCCCUUUUGUGUCAUUUCCCCUGUACCUGUCCCAAACAUUGCCCCUGAGGACAGGUGCCCUUUGGAAAAUCCUCUCCCUGACUCUGGGCUGUGCACUGCCCUCGGGUGUAGUGGAGAGUUAAUCCAGUUUAGCCUCCUGGUGUCAUGCAUUUAGCCUUUCCAUAUCUUAUCAUAAAACUUGGGUCAGAUGCACAGUGACCUGUGCUGGCUCCAGCCUCUCACCACCAGCUGAUGAAGUUGGGUUUAUGUAUUUGUGGCUUGGAUGAGAGAAGUGAAACUGAUGGUCCUGGUAAGCAGAGAUAAAGGGGGGUUCACUGACAGUGAGCAAAACACUGCCCUGAUUUCAACUUCCUUAACUUUCCUUUUCUUCAGGAGAAGACUGAUGUGGAGGGAACGCUGUUUGUUUACACAAGAUCAGCUUCUCCAAGGCAUGGUUUCACAAUUAUGAACAGACUGAGCAUGGAAAAUCGAACUGAGCCUAUUACUAAAGACCUCGAUUUCCAGCUCCAGGACCCCUUUCUACUGUACAGAAAUGCCAGAUUGUCCAUAUAUGGGAUUUGGUUUUAUGAUAAGGAAGAAUGCCAAAGAAUUGCAGAGCUCAUGAAAAACCUCACUCAGCAGGAACAAUUCAAAGCCCAGCAGGGCACAGGAACAGGAGUGUCCCCAAUGCUUAUGAACUCUGCUAACAACAAAGAAGUGGAUAUCUUACGGAUGCUCACCAAGGCCAAAGAUGAGUAUACCAAGUGUAAGACCUGCUCAGAGCCAAAACAAAUAACCAGUUCCUCUGCAAUCUAUAACAACCCCAACCUAAUCAAACCGAUUCCAGUGAAGCCCAGUGAAAACCAGCAGCAACGCCUCUCUCAGCAAAGCAAGAAUGCGGAUCCUGAACCACAGCACUUGUCUCUGACAGCGCUGUUUGGAAAGCAGGAUGUCUCAGAACCACUUAACAAGCAGCAGCAGGAGAACCUUCCCGCCAGGCAGGGUGUGGUACGUUCGCUGUCCUACGAGGAGCCCGGCGGGCAGUCGCCCUCUGCGGAGAAGCAGCUCUGCCCCGCCAUUCAGAAGCUGAUGGUGCGCGGGACAGACCUUCACCCCCUCGCCGAGUUCCCCGAGAACCGGCUCUGCGAAAACGGCAGCAUCCACCCCGCGGGGGAGACUUUCACAGGACUCUUCCAACCUGUGACUUCUCACGGUGUCGCGGCGUCUCACGUGGUUCAGGACGCUGCCGGCGCUCAGAGCUUGCUGCAGAAAUUGCAGAGUCAGUCAGGGGCAGUGACAAAAAUGGACCCCGGUGCGACAGCACCUGUGAACUCGACGGCUGCCGUGUUCAGCAGGACUCCUGCUGCUGUGGGAGCGCCGGCAGCCACGGGCAAUAACAUGAGCCAGCCACCUUUGGUGUACUUCAACGGGUCCCUACCGGGCCAGGCUUUAGAGGCUCAGACACUUGGUAAAGAACAAUCCAAACUGCCCAGACAGCCACUUUCUCUCUCUGGCAAUCAAGCAGCCAAUUCUGGGGUGAUUUCACCUCAAGAGUUACUGAAAAAACUCCAGAUAGUGCAACAAGAGCAACAGUUGCAUGUGUCCAGCAGACCAACGUUGGCAGCUAAGUUUCCUGUUGUUACUCAGACUACAAAUACACUGAAACCACUGGAGUCCUGGAUAGAAAAGGCACCGGGUACAGAAAAACAGAGUGCACUCUUUCAGGUAAUCUCACCUCGGCGCAUUCCUGCCACUGUGACUCCCACCCUGCUGAUGUCCCCGAUGGUGUUCACUCAGUCCACACCUGCUCCACCAAAAGCCAGUGACAGUGGGCGGUUGGCAGGGGCCAGCCAAGACCCUGCUGCCAGCUCUGCCAACCUUCUCCUGCCCCUGCCAACCCCAGAGCCAGCUGUGGCCAGCAGCACCUCCAUGACAAAGAUGCAGCUGCAGGAAACACUUCUACACCUGAUCCAGAAUGAUGACAACUUCUUAAAUAUUAUUUACGAAGCGUAUCUCUUCAGUGUGAGAAAGGCAGCAAUGAAGAAGUCUAUGUGAAAGAUGAUUUUUUUUUUUUAAUUCAAUUUCCAUUGCUUCCUGAACUCCAGGAAAAAAAGAUUUCGAAAUUUUCAAGUAUGUUUAUGUUUGAAGAAGUGAAUGGUCUUGGGCAUGUUGCAUACACGUGGAUUUUGCACGUUGGCAAAGACAUGCUGUACUGAGGAAAAAAAGAGUGGAAAUGGAUUGUGCCUUUAGCAAGGGGAACGUCACAAUACUGGAGACUUAAUCACAAAAUAUCUUAAAUUAUUUUUCUUAAUCUUGAUCCACGCUUAGAAUUGGUUUCCCUGCAUAAGGACUCAGUUCUCGGGAUCCAGUUUCCCUUUUUCUACUUGCAGUGUGGUCAUUCAUUGACUGGGCAUUUUUGUCCUGGGUUUUCCCUGAGCCGUCCUGUGCAGCUGUCCCGGUGAACGUGCCCAUCCCUGACCACAUGGUGGCAAUGUUGGACUAUUUUUAGGAACGGGUGAAAAUCCGGGUGAAAUCAUGGAACGGAAAGUCUCGGGAAGAUUGAUCAUCGUACUUAGUUGUCUGCAAAGCAGUUUAGAUGAAGUGUCAUGACUUCCCCCCAAAUUUUUGUAGAAAAAUCUUUUUCUAUUUUGACAAGACUAUUUUUAGCUAGGUGUAGAAGUGGGAUUCUGCAGGUGUUCUGAGGAAUUGUGGGGGGGGUGGGUUUGUGAAUGUACUUGCUAUCACAUAGCUCUGGGGUUGCACUGGAUUCAUGUUUCUAUUAUUCCAGGCCCAAUCUGCAUUAUUAUAAGCAAUGUGAAAAUUUGCUAAGGGGAAGGCUACCUGGUGUAAAAAUCCUAUUAAAUUUUUUUUAGUGUGUUCCUGGAGCACAGUGAUUUCAUUGAUCCAUUUCUUAAGAAAAUAAAAAGGAUAAUCCCUACUGUGUGUUGAGUUCAUUUUAUUGUACCAUGGACUAUGUAUUUAGGAUUGCUGGGUCUCUUGUUUGUAUGACUUUAAAAGGUUUUUAUGCUUGUCAAGAAGACACAUGAGAU